AUGGUGUCCGUCAUUAAUAAUGCACCAAAAGGAUACAAGUCUCCUUCUUAUGAAAAGGCUAGAACUUCUUUAUUAGACAAGGAGCAAAUGUUGGUAAAGCAAGCCCUAAAUCCUUUGGUGAGUGAUUGGCAGGCUCAUGGAGUUUCAAUUGUCUCUGAUGGUUGGUCGAAUGUGAAAAAUACAUCAUUAAUAAAUAUUAUGGCGGUAUCAGACGGCAAAGCAAUGUUUCUAAGCGCACACGACGUCUCAGGAAUAGAGAAAACUGGUGAGAACAUUUCUAUGAUUCUCUUGAAAGCAAUUGAAGAGAUUGGGCCUUGGAAUGUUAUACAAGUCCUCACAGACAAUGCGGCAAAUUGCAAACUGGCUGGAGAACUCAUAGAACAAAAGUAUCCCCAUAUAUUUUGGUCGGGUUGUUUAGCAUACACCCUAAAUUUAUUAAUGAAGGACAUAGCAAAAUCCAAGGAACCAGCCAUUUCAUUUGUGAAAGAAACAUAUACAAAAGGCAAGGACAUUGUGAAGUUCGUGAGGAAUCAUUCUCAAUGUAUUGCUUUAUUUAAGAAGUUUUCUCCUUUGGAGGUUCUCAAAUCAAAGAAGACACGUUUUGGAUUUCAUUUCGUCGUGUUGUCCCGGAUUGUCGAGGUAAGAGCUUCUUUGAUUUCCAUGGUAUUAUCAGAAGAAUGGAAAGAACUUAAGAAACCUGCAAAUGCAGAAGAACAUGCAAAAAUCACCUCAAUUGUCAUGAAUGGGAAUUUUUGGAGUAAUGCGGAGAAGGUGUUGCGAAUAACGAAGCCGAUAUAUAUAAUGCUUAGAUUUUCAGAUUCCGAUAAGGCCGUUAUAGGAGAAUCAUAUGAGCAAAUGGAUACGAUACUGGGAAAUUUACAAGACACACUUGCAAAUGAUAUAAUGAUUCGGGAUAUUACUCAGCAAAUUGUGGUCCAUAGAUGGAGUAAAACAAAUAUCCCAUUGCAUUGUUUAGCUUAUUUGCUUGUCCCUAAGUAUUACAAGAUGGAUAUCUAG